GAAAAAAACCCGCCACGCAGAAUCGAGAAUCGUCCGAGAGUCGAGUGCGCCGGGAAUCGACGCGAUAGUCGAGAAUCGCCACGCGCCGCCAUCGCUGAAGGAACCUAGCGAGACGCAGCGCAGGAAACUCGCACACAGAGAGACGAAGACGCCGACUCGAACUGACCAGGAUGUCGGAGCAGGAGAACCACGGCAAGCUGUUUGUGGGCGGCCUGCACUUUGGCACGGACGAGCGCUCGCUGCAGGACGUGUUCGGGAAAUACGGCCGUGUGGCGCAGGUGCUGUUGCUGAAGGACCGCGAGACUAACAGGUCCCGAGGCUUCGCUUUCGUCACUUUUGAGAAUCCCGACGAUGCCAAAGAUGCCGCCAAAGACCUGAACGGAAAAUCCCUGGAUGGUCGCAGCAUCACCGUGGAGCAAGCCACCGGCCGCCCCACCGACUGGGCCGGUAACGGCGGCGGCGGCGGCGGCGGUUACGGCGGAGGCGGCGGCGGAUACGGGGGGGGAGGAGGCGGCGGAUACGGGGACUACAGCCGCUCCCGCGGCGGCGGUGGCGGCGGUGGAUACCGGCGCGGAGCGGGGGACGACGAUCGUAGCCAGGGCUGGAGCCGUGGCAAGCGGAGUUCGUCCGGCUACGGGGAGGGGAGCCCCCCGGCGAAACGCUCGGCAGACGACAGCUCCCGCUCCUCCUACAGGGGAGACGGCUAUGAAUCCCGUGGCCGGACUCGUGGCUCCUCAUCGUCCUCCUCGUCCCGGGGGGGGAGGGGCCGUGAGGGAGGGGGCAGCUACGAACGCAGCACCCGCAAAGACGGGGAGCGAUCGUCACGUGGCCACAGCAGCGGCGGCAGUGGCAAGCGCUCAGCAGCAGCAGCAGGGGACGACUACGACAACAACUACACUCACUUUGCUGGGUCUGCAGAUGUCGACCCAAUAGUCAAGGUAGUCGAGAUCCAGGCUGCCUUCGACUGAGCACCACGGGGGGAGCGACAGGGGGGGGCUGGAGCGAAACAAAAACUCACCCCCACCCCACCCCCACCCCCACCCCACCCCCACCCACCCUC